GCUCCUGCCUCGGCGCGCGGGGAGCGAGGACGGCGAGUCCUGCAGCCUGCAGGUGCCUCCCGGCGGAGGAAGGUGCGGAGCCCCGCGGAUCAUGUGCGACACCCGAGCAGAUGCUCGCUUGCUCUGGGUGCUCCCUGCGAGACAGACCCUCUCGGCUCCUCUCGGCGCUCCGAAGCACACCGGCUGCGAGAGGACGGCUGCGCUCCCGCGCCCGCAGCUGCUCCUUUAACGUACAAAGGCAGGGUUUCAAGUGAAGAGAAGAAUGGGAGUCUGGCUGCAGCAUUUCCUUCGCCGCUACAACAGCCGAUUGGAAGAAGCUGAGAGUUUUGCUCCCUGGAAAACUGGAUUCUGAAUCGUGAGAGGCUUUGAACUCCACCCCCCCCCCCCCAAUUAAAAAAAAACACAAAACCCCUUUGACUUCUGCUCUCAGCAGGAGGGGGAGGGAGGGCGGAUUUACCAUGAAGACAAAUCGAAGAUGCAGAGCCCUGCUAGCAGUGAGUCUGAAUCUGAUGGCUCUCCUCUUCUCGACAACAGCUUUUAUCACGACCCACUGGUGCGAGGGCACACAGAGGGUCCCCAAGCCCAGCUGUGGCAAAGAGAAGAAGACAAACUGCCUCAACUACAGCGGGAAUGAGACUGCCAACGAGACAAACCAGAACGUGGUUCACUACAGCUGGGAGACGGGAGAUGACCGCUUCCUCUUCAGGUAUUUUCACACCGGAAUCUGGUACUCCUGUGAGGAAAAUAUCAAUGCCGCCGGUGAAAAAUGUCGAAGUUUUAUUGACCUUGCCCCAGCUUCUGAAAAAGGUGUCCUGUGGCUGUCAGUAGUAUCUGAGGUGUUAUACAUCAUGCUGUUAGUCGUUGGAUUCAGCCUUAUGUGCCUAGAGCUCUUUCAUUCAAGCAGUGUGAUAGAUGGGCUCAAGUUAAAUGCUUUUGCUGCUGUCUUCACUGUGCUUUCAGGUCUCUUGGGGAUGGUGGCACACAUGAUGUAUACUCAAGUUUUCCAAGUGACAGUCAGCCUUGGGCCAGAGGACUGGAGACCACAUUCAUGGGACUAUGGAUGGUCCUUCUGUCUGGCAUGGGGUUCUUUCACCUGCUGCAUGGCGGCCUCCGUUACUACCUUGAACUCUUACACUAAGACUGUCAUUGAGUUCAGACACAAGCGCAAAAUCUUUGAGCAGGGCUUUCGAGAAGAGCAGAACUUCCUAGACCAGGAAGCCAUCAAGUACUUCAGAGAAAGGACUGAGGAAGAGAGGGCUGAGGCUGGGGACCUGAGGUUACAGUGCCUCCAUAGCUGCUCCCCAAAUAGGCUUCACAACACCCAGCUCUAAAUGUCACUAACACCCAGAGGAACAGGAGAGACCAUAACGCUCAGAAAAUACCCCCAUUCGCUACGUCAAGCUCUUCCAGCAACACAUCAAAAAGCUCUUCACUUUCAUCAAAACCAGCCAGCCAGAUCUCCACGGUUCAGGAUCAAGCCCUGCUGGACAUUGUCUCUGUCAUUAAAUUGGCCCCAGGAGAAUCACCAAGUCCUCAACCAUUGGAGCAAAGAAAUAAAAAUCUAGCAACAUCAGGUUCCAGCCCACUCAGUGCAAGAACAGCUCCAGCAUCUUGCCCAGCCAGCCCCAGGCUCAGUCUAACACCCAGCUCAGCCAAUCCACAGCAAUACUCUGACUCCUCUCCAGUCAGCCCAGGGAUCAAUGCAAGUUCCUUCUAUCCUCACACAGCACAAAACUUACAAGCUUCAACAUCACACCACACACUGACCCCAACCAGGAAAAGCACAAGGCCUCUAACAACAAUGACUCCUGAAGAUGGUUCCCAGUCUCCUGACUAUUCUAAUACUGAAUUAAAGACUACAGGAAAGGGUUUUGAAUCAGACCUGGAAGAUCCUGAUCAUGAAAGGAGAUUCAUAACUGCAAAGGAAUUCCAAGCCAUGGAGAAAGAACUAGAAGAUGUAAGAGAAGAACUGAAAUGCUUGAAGUGGAAAGUGAGACACAUCGGUGAGACCGUGCAGCCCCUGGCAGAAGAUAGCAAGCGUUACAAUGGCUACACCCUGACUGAGCUCAAGGCAAUGGUGCAGUUUGAAGAUGAUCCUUACAAAGCUGCACACAAAAUCCUAACUGUGCUCUUCAGUGAUGUGUACUUGCUACAGCACUCAGUCACCGAACAGGCCUGCAACCCAAGAUCUCUGCCCAAGCCCCAAAUAGACCCUGAGUUGUACACAGUGUACCGUGACAUUCUGAAAAGCAUAUUCCCUGGAAUUAGUAGUCAGACCUUAAGGGAAGAGACACAACACGUGCAGAAAAGGACCCCGAAAGAAGUGCAAUAACAGCAGAGUCCACAAAAUCUUCUGCAAAAAGAGAAGUCUCUGAUGAUUUCAGAGCACUGAACUGUGGCAUGUAAAGUUAGCUGGGUCUAUCCCUUCUAGGUAGGAAUUUAUCUGUAAAUACAUUGGUGAGCUCCGAGCCCUUCAUGUCACUCUUACCUGAUGAGACAGUGGGAAGAUGUUCUGC